UCGGGUUGUCCUUCCGCCUCGUCGGCACAGCUGAGUCCCGACACAGAGAAUGGCGGCGGUGGCGGAGCGCCUGGGCUCGUGGGAGCGUCCCGUGCGGCCCCUGGCGCCUCUCAGUGAGCGGCAGCAGGACUCAGUGCUGGAACUGCGCGCGGCCUCGCCAGGGCUGCCCGUUCCGUCGGAGCUACCCAUAGAAGAUUUAAGCAGUCUCGUCCAACCAUCCUUAACAGUGACACUGACAGCCACAUUGCCGGAAUCCACGGAGAACAUUCUCUUGAAAGGAUUCUCUUCUUUUGGCAUGGAAAGUGAAAGAAUUGAAACAGCGCAGCAGUUCUUUUCAUGGUUUGAUCAACUUCGUGCACAGAUGGAUCAAGAUGAAGAGACCAAGUACCGGCUGGCCAGGGCUGAUUAUUCUGGAUUUGAAGAGCAAUGUGAUGCUAUACUGAAUGAUGUGAAUUGUGCUCUUCAGCACCUUAAAUCAUUACAGCACCAAUACCUCUUUGUCUCAACCAAAACAGGAACCCUACAUGAAGCCUGUGAACAGCUGUUAAAAGAGCAGUCAGAACUUGUGGACCUGGCAGAAAAUAUCCAUCAGAAACUGUCCUAUUUCAUUGAACUGGAAAAUAUUAAUACAAAAUUGAAUUCACCUACGCUGUCUGUUAACAGUGAUAGUUUCAUCCCAAUGUUGACCAAACUUGAUGACUGCAUAGCAUAUGUUUCGUCCCAUCCAAAUUUUAGGGACUAUGUUGUGUAUUUGGCAAAGUGUAACCAGUGUGUUUCAAAAGUGGUGCAUCUCAUGAAAACAUAUACUGUGAAUACACUACAGAACCUCACAAAUCAGUUAAUUAAAAGGGAUCCUUUUGUUGCUCCAAAUUCAGACAAUGCCUUUACUUUAUUUUAUGUAAAGUUCAGAGCUGCUGCACCCAAAGUCAGGACGCUUUUUGAACAAAUCGAGCAACGAUCUGAAAAGAUGCCAGAGUACCGGCAACUGUUAAGCGAAAUCCAUCACUGUUACCUUAAUCAGAGAGAGCAUUUACUGGGGCCUAGUAUUACUAGUACUGUAACAGAAUUAACUAAUAGAAACAACAGAGAUCAUUGUGCCCUGGUGCGAAGUGGCUGCGCCUUUAUGGUUCAUGUGUGCCAGGAUGAGCAUCAGCUGUAUGAUGAAUUCUUCACAAAACCAACACCCAAACUGGAUGAACUACUGGAAAAGUUAUGCUUGUCAUUAUAUGAUGUCUUCAGGCCACUAAUCAUCCAUGUAAUUCAUUUGGAAACAUUGUCUGAACUCUGUGGGAUCCUUAAAAAUGAAAUGCUUGAAGAUCAUGUGCAAAACAAUGUGAAACAGCUUGGUGCUUUUGCUGCUGGAGUUAAGCAGAUGUUGGAAGAUGUCCAAGAGCGUCUGGUCUAUAGGACCCACAUCUACAUUCAGACAGAUAUUCUGGGCUACAGGCCCGCCCCAGGGGAUCUUGCCUAUCCUGCUAAGUUGGAAAUGAUGGAGCAAAUUGCACAAAGCUUAAAAGAGGAAGAGAAGAAGUUGCCUGUUGAUGCUUCAUUUUCAGCUGCAAAGCAAGAAGAUCCAGACAGCUGCAGUGAGGUAAAACUUGAUACAUUGGAACCUUGUACUCCUAGACUCCAUACCACUGUGUCCCCUGCUGAUCUCCAUGGGAUGUGGUAUCCUACUGUGAGAAGGACGCUUGUGUGCCUCUCCAAGCUUUAUAGAUGUAUUGAUGGAACGGUGUUCCAAGGAUUAUCCCAGGAGGCAUUAUCUGCCUGCAUACAGUCAUUGUUGGCAGCUGCAGAUUCUAUUGCUAAAAGCAAGACUCAAAUCGAUGGACAGCUUUUUCUAAUAAAGCAUCUUUUGAUUCUUCGUGAACAAAUUGCUCCCUUCCACACUGAAUUCACAAUUAAGGAGAUUUCACUGGAUCUUAAGAAAACUAGAGAUGCUGCAUUUAAAAUCCUGAAUCCUAUGACUGUUCCACAGUUCUUUAGACUAAGUAGCAACAAUGCAAUUAUACAGUUCUUAUUGGAGGGUACUCCAGAAAUAAGAGAACAUUAUAUUGACUCUAAGAAGGAUGUGGAUCGGCAUUUGAAACUUGCUUGUGAGCAGUUCAUUCAGCAGCAAACUAGGCAGCUUAUAGAACCUCUGGAGGAAUUCUUGUCCAAGGUUUCGGCUUUGACAGCAGUAGCUUCUCAGAAGGGUCCUAAAUACAAUCUCUCGCAGCAGCCUUGGGCACAACCAGCAAAGAUCAGUGACGUGGUAUCAUCAACAUACAAGAGAAUAAAAACAAAACUGCCAUCAACCUUACAGAGUAUGUCACUAUAUUUGUCCAAUAAGGAUACCGAAUUCAUCUUGUUCAAGCCCGUUAGGAACAAUAUCCAGCAAGUGUUUCAAAAGCUGCAUGCUGUAUUAAAAGAAGAAUUUAGUAAUGAAGAUCUCCAGAUCAUAGCUUGUCCAUCAAUGGAACAGGUAAAUCUCCUUUUGUCAAUAACAAAGUAAUAAUCUGGUAGCCGAACUGCACAGUGCUGCUUCAUACUGACCAGCCACCAGCUUAGUAUGCCUUUUGAAUUGCUUUUACCUUUGUUCAUCCAACAUCACAUCAGUUGAAGAAGGUGAACAGUAUUGUUGUUACAAAUUCAGAAGCCUACCUAAAGAUUCAGAAAAAGCAUCUCUUCUGGCGGCACCUACCAUGAUGAAAAUAACCCUAACCAUUGAACUGCUCCACUCUAUUUUGUAUCCAGAUAAUAUCUGCUUUUUCAGAUUUCUGAAAAGAAUGUGGAAUAUCCAGAUUUGGAGAAUAGAUGCCUUUUAUUCGUAAUCUGUACAUCAGGACCACUUUGAAGUGUAUGUACAAGCCUUCCCACAAAAGUUUAGUAAUAUUCCCCGAUAUUUAGCACUAUUACACUGUUCAUCUAUGUAAACAAAUCAUCAGGCUUUGUAGUGUGUAAGUGGUGGUGUGAAUUUGUGGAAGAUACCAGAUAAUCAGAUUAUCACAUAGCAUUUAAUGUAAUCUGUUUCAAGACAUCAGUGGUUUUUGAAAACCUUUCUGUUGAUGGUUUCUCUAAAUGGUUUCUAAAAACAUUCUCCUAUUUUUAUACGUUGCAAAUAAAUUGCAUUGCCUUAAAAUUAUGUCUACAAGGUAUACAGAAAAUGCAGUGGUAAUAAAUCCCCCGUUUAAUAGGUUAUGACUGAAUUAACUGACUAACCACUGACUAGGUGGAAAUUUUGAUAUGGAAAGAUUGGGGGAAUGGGGAGUGUAGUUGAAGUGUAAAACUACAAGAUUGGUGCAAAAAUAGAAGCAACCUUUCUUUAUUUUUUCCAUAAUUAAGUCUUUACCUGAAUUACUGCAGUGUGUUUUCAACUGUGAAGUUAUGAAAAGACAUGACUUUUCUACACAUUGUGCAAGUGAUAAGUUGUGCAUUUCUCCAUGGCAUGCAGAAGUCUUGAUAUUUGCAUUUUAAGUCAACUAUAUAUUGUAUUAUAAACAAGAUAAAACUUUUAUAUUGUUCAGGAACCCAGAUAUCUUUUUAAAUGGGGUGUAUAUAUAUCUUUGUGUUUAAAGUAAUAUUGAUAUCUAGAAAAUAGUUCAAAUAUUAAGACAUAGUUUUGCAGAAUCCAGCCUUAUUUUGUCUAUAUAUUGCUCUGUCUAAUGUUAACACUCAUACCGUUUUAAAAAUCUUAUGUUUCAAAUGUUGAGGGAGAUAAAAUUAAUUUUUAAAAACUUUAAAAUAACUGAAAUCAAUGUUGUUUGUAAGCAUUAGAAAUUACAUCAGAUUUUACUAUAAUCUAACUAUUGGUAUCCUAGUUAAGUGAAACAGACAUAUGUAAAGUAAUAGGCUGUGAAUUUUGAAUAGAGAUUUUCAAUAAAAUAGAAUGUGAAUAAGUGUAUUGUAUCUUAAUGAAAUGUUUCAUGGAAGUUGGAACUGGGUAAUUUAAAUUCCUUAGUUUCUAAAACAGAGUAUCUUCUAUUACAAACGUAGACAUUAUUUUAUUACACAGUGACUUUCCAAAUGGCAGAAUUGUAUAAACUGUACAAGUAUUUAGCUAAAUAAACAAUGUAUAUAAUUUGUCUAAUCCUUCACUAUGAUCUUGUUCUCAUUAAAAU